UAACCUGUUGAUUUCUAUUUUAUUACCUAUACAUCAGCGUCUAUAACAAACGAAGGCGAAAAAAGACGAAAGAACAUUUCAAUUGUUAUUGCUGUUGUUGUUGUUGUUGUUUAACCAUCAACAGCAACGAAAGUUGUGAAGUUCGCGUUUAACUGCGAUACUACUUUUUAAUAUUAGUGCUUUGGUACCAACGUUAGGUAAUAGGCGCACUCCAGUUGGUAAUUAGUUCGGUUAAUUAGUUGUGAAGUUUCUAUUAAAAUGACUUUUUGAUUAAUUGAAUUUGAUCAUGAAAACUUUGUUUGGCCCAAACAUGAAUGAAUGAAAUGCAAAAUACUUCCUAUAAAUUUGAUUUGUUUGUUUCGUUGCAAUAUGGGGUCGGCAGCUGACAAAAUUCAGCCACAAGAGGUUAAUAGUAUAUCAUCUUUGGCAAAUGUUACAUCGUCUCUUGAUUAUAAAAAUCAAAGACGGAAAACAACUGAUGUUUGCUUUUUUGUUGUGCAUUCGUUGUUUUUGGUGCUAUUGGCUGGUUUCAUAGUUUACUGUGCAAACUACGCUGAUAUAAAUAGAAUUUUGAGAGGGUACGAUAGUUGUGGUUAUAUUUGCGGAAAAAUUAAUAAAGAAUCGUCUAGAGAUCCAAAACUACACUGUAAUGCCGAUAAUAGCCAUUUACCUCUACUUUUAGUUUACAACCCGACAUAUGGUCAUAUACCAGGCUUAUCGUAUGAUGUUUCAGUUCCAAGUCGAAAGUGCGUCAAAAGUUGUGACCACUAUCAAAAUUUCCGUCAAAUAUUGAACAGAUGCUUACCUGUAAAAAUCAGUAGUGCAGACACAAAAAUUAAGAAAUUUACUGAUAUAAAUUUAAAAGAUUUCGCUCGGGAAGUGACUGAAGAUUUUAGACUUUGUUGGAGGGAAACUCUUUAUCUGUGCCUAAUCGCACUUGGAUUCUCAAUAGUUAUUGUGAUAUUACUGAGGUACUUAGCUGGAAUUGUAGUUUGGUUAGUUUUGGUUAUUGUAGCCUUAGGAAGCAUAGCAGGCACUGCGUAUAUCUGGAUAAUAUGGAAAAAUUCGAAAGAAGAAACAGACAACAAUAUAGACACAUCAAUUUUAGCUCAGUUAGAUAUCCACAAGACCGUGGGAUAUCUCACUUUUGCUAUAAUUGCGACCAUAAUCACCGUCUGCAUACUUCUCGUAAUUUUGGUUAUGAGAAAGCGAAUCGAUCUUGUCAUACAAUUAUUUAAAGAAUCUGGAAAAGCGUUAGGGGCUAUGCCUCUUUUGCUUUUUGAACCAUUACUAACGUUUAUUGUAAUAUCUGGUGCUAUAGCAGCGUUUGUUUAUUGUGUAUUGUUAAUAGAAAGUGCUGGUCAUUUGACUUUUAUUCGCGAAUCUUAUUACAAUUACGAAAAGGAUGUUGCAAUGUUAAUUGCCAGAUGGAUAAAUAUCUUUGCGUUUUUAUGGACCAUACAAUUUAUUAUCGGGUGCCAACAAAUGGUAAUUGCGGGUGCUGUUGCAGCAUGGUACUUUACCAGGAACAAAAAGAGGCUUGGAUCACCAGUGUUCUACAGCUUCUAUAACCUUACAAGAUAUCAUAUAGGUUCCGUGUGUUUUGGAUCGUUCGUUAUUGCUCUAGUCCAAUUGCUUAGAAUUAUUUUGUCGCUAGUUCAACGUUUCGUUAAGAAAUACAAUAACUCUUGUGCCAAUUGCGUAUUAAAAUGUUGCCAAUGUUGCCUCUACAUAUUCGAAAAGAUAAUCAAGUAUAUUAGCCGAAAUGCAUACAUCGAAAUUGCAAUUCGCGGUUAUCCGUUUUGUAAAGCAGGACAAGUAGCUUUCAAAAUAUUAACAUCUAAUGCUCUUAGAGUCGCAGCUAUCAAUGCUGUUGGAGAUUUUGUAUUAUUUUUAGGAAAAGUUAUUGUUGUUAUGGCCACCGUUGUGUUGGGAAUUCAGUUUCUUCAGAACAAAGAAGGAGUACAACAUAUUUGGGCUAUUUUGACUGUUUGUGGUGUUUUUGCGUUCUUCGUAUCCCACUGCUUUUUAACAGUUUAUGAGAUGGCUAUAGACACCAUUUUCAUUUGCUUUUGCGAAGAUUGCGAACAAAAUGACGGACUGUCUCGUCCCUAUUACAUGUCGCGUGAUCUGAUGCAUUUUGUUGAAAAUUCCAAAAAAGCUUUGAGAGCUUUAUCUUCCGAAAGGGAAGCCGCUCAUUCACAAAGUCCAAAAUUAGUUACCACGUCAAAUACGUAAAUUAAUUUUCGAUGUUAUUAAAUUUUUAUUCCUACUCGUUAAUUAUUAAUCAAAUACUAAUUACACACACAAGAUGUUAUGAGACUGAUAGAUUUUUGUAAAUAUUGCUACUGUGUGGCUUAUGUAAUACGAAUUCUAAUUCAAUCAAGUGUGUUUUUGUAUGUUUUACUUCAUACCUAUCUACGUAUAUGCAUAUUAUAAUGUAAAACCUUUUUUAAUAUGUGAUAUCUUACCAAUAUGCUUAAAAGUUUGAAAAUUUACACGUAACAUUCAAAAAUAAUUAAUAAAAAAUUAUUAUAUGUAGAUAUGUAUGUGUUAAAGUUUGUGAAAU